AUGCGUACUACAGAUUCUCAACGUGUGCAAUUUUCCCAUUCGUCCAACGAUGGACGAGUGGGUUUCCAUCGCAUCGAACGCCUUCCUGGGAACCCCGCCGCAUGUCGCUUUAUCUCGUGGGAGAAAGCCACCUGGAGCUUCUUUUGCAGAAGCGACUCAAGUGUCGUGGUCUCGGCUGCAGGGACCUCAAGCAGCAGUUGCUCCCGCGGCCCCCGAGGAAUCAGCAGCAAAAUGGAACUCCGUGUUCUUUGGGCGCUUGUUCUUUGGGCGCUUUUACAUCUCGGUAUGAUAACUGCAAUACCUCUUGAAAACCAAAGGAACACGUCGCCUGCAUUUUCGACUGCACAUCUCUUCACGUUUUCUUUGCUUCCCACCUUAGACGUUAGGGACCUGACCUGCCUGGAGUGCCGCACCGCCGCGGGCGUCAUCGCAGCCAUGAUGGCCGAGGGCGCCACUGUGGAGGAGAUCGAGGAUCAGGUCAUCCUCGACUGCGUCCUCCUCGACCUCUUCCCGCCGGACGUGUGCUCGGGAAUGGUCAGGCUGAGUGGAGCAGAAGUUCUUUACGUCCUCAAUGAAACGGAGUACGACCACGAGACAGUGUGCGGCUGGUUACUGGGCGGCCACUGCGAGCACGACCAGCUGAGCCCCUGGACGGUGUCCAUCCCCGGAGACAAACCCGCGCCCUCGCACCCGGAGCCGACUGGGCCAACAGAUAGCGUGGUGAGGAUCCUACAUUUGUCCGACCUGCACGCCGACCUGCUGUACGACGAGGGCAGCGCCGUGCACUGCGCCCACCCCAGCUGCUGCCGCCACGCCUACGGCGACCCCGGGCCAGGAGAGGAGGCGGCGGGGCGCUGGGGCGCUCUGGCCAAGUGCGACAUCCCGCUGCGCACUCUGACCGACCUCCUCGACCAGGCGGCGCUCACGGAGCCUGACCUCGUGUACGUGACGGGCGACCUCCCCCCCCACGACGUGUGGGCGCAGAGCCACGCCUCCAACCUGCUCGCCAUCAACACCACCGUGCAGCUCAUCGCCAAGCACUUCCCUGACGUGCCCAUCCUGCACACUGUCGGCAACCACGAAUCUGCGCCCGUUAACAGUUACGUUGUUCCACGUGCAUACGCUGAUGGCUGGAGCAUGGGUUGGCUGUACGACAGUUUAGCCGAAGUAUGGGCGCCAUGGCUACCCGAUGAGGUACUGCCAGACGUACGGCAAGGAGGUUACUUUUCAUACUCUCCGGUGCCAGGAUUGAGGAUCUUGUCUGUCAAUAUGAACUACUGCAAUACUCAGAACUGGUGGCUCUUACUGCAGAGAAACGACCCCGCUGGGCAGCUGCAGUGGCUGGUGGAGCAGCUGGCGUCGGCAGAGUUGGCCAAGGAGCACGUGCACCUGCUGGGCCACAUUCCACCCGGCGGGGGCAGCUGCGAUCACAGCUGGUCUCAUAAUUUCAACCUUAUCGUCGCCAGGUUCGAGUCGACGAUAAGGGGAAUGUUCUUCGGCCACAACCACGGAGACUCUUGGCAGAUCUUGUACGACCCCGACGAUUACGUGAGGCCAGUUGCUGUUGCAUUCAGCGGGCCUGCGGGCACCAGCGGGUCUACCCACAACCCUUCCUUCCGCGUGUAUAUGGUGGACGGCGGACACAGCGAAGCCACUUGGACGGUGCUGGACAUGGAGACCUACAACAUGAACAUGACCUUGGCGAACCUCCAGGGCGGACGACCAGAAUACGCACUCAGGUACCAAGCGCAGGAGAGUUAUGGUGUAACGUCUCUGACUCCAGCCUCCCUUGAUAGCCUGGUGGUUGCCAUGGCCACCGACGCGGAGCUUUUCCGAGUAUUUUUGAGGACAGGCCAGAGUAGUAUGCUGUAG